AAAACUUACUCCGCAUUUCUCUCUUCUCGAUCAUGGCGAUCUCUCUCUUCUCCGUCAUGGCGAUUUCUCUGCAGAUCCAAUUCCUCCUCCUCGCUCUCUCCACACUCUCCGUCUCCCAAGCUCUCGAUCCAAUCUUAACCCCCUUCCUCACCGCCUCCACCACCACACCUCCGCCACCACAGAUGAUUUCACCGUCGUACACUGCAUCGCCGCCGUCGCCGCCCCCGCCACCACCACCAACUCAUAACCUGAUCCUGAACGACCACUCGCUCUUCUCUUUUACGUCUCUCCUGGCGCCAAUUCUCUCGCACCUCGGCUUCAACGAGCUAGCGACUGCUUUGCCAUCGCUCUCAGCUGACUCCAGUGGCACCAUGGCGUGGUCUGGUCCUUUCACGAUGUUCGCGCCUUCCGAUUCCUCCGUCCGUUCAUGUGCCUCCUGCCCGGUUCCGUCGCUUCUGCGAGAGCACGUUGUUCCAGGCCUCUUCACUAUCGAUUACCUCCGCAAGCUUGCCUUUGGCACCAAGAUCGAGACCAUUAGCCCUGGCCGCUGCAUAACCGUCACCACUACCGUCAACAGCCGUAGAAACAACACUAUUCCCAAAGUUUUCAUUGGCGGCGUGGAGAUCACGCACCCCGAUCUCUUCAGUAACGACCUCGUUAUCGUCCACGGCAUCCAAGGCUACAUCUCACCUCUCUCGCCCCUCUCUUGCGACAUCGAGCGCAUGACUUCACUCUCUUUCCCCGUUAGCUACCAGCGCAACCCUCAUAUCCAACGUCAACCGCUAUCUCCUCAACAACAGACUGCUCUGGUGAGGAUUAUGCUUAGGGAUGCCGUUCUCCGGCUCCGCAACAAUGGAUUCAGUGUCGUUUCUCUCGCCAUGAAGGUCAAGUACCCCGAGCUUGUCACUCUCAACAACAUGACAGUUUUUGCUCUGGAUGACAUGGCGAUCUUCUCCGGCUCUCACAGCUAUAUCCAUAGUGUGAGAUUCCACAUCGUGCCAAACCAGCUCUUGACAAUGGCGGAGCUCGGGAGGCUUCCGGUUGGGACUUCGUUGCCGUCCCUGGAAAGAGGACAGAAUUUAGUAGUGACGACUGCCGGUGGAGACGCUACAGCCCCGCCGAUGAGGAUUAACUAUGUGAGGAUCAAGGUUCCUGAUGUGAUGAAGAAUGAGAAGAUUGUGGUCCACAGUCUGUUCUUACCGUUUCCUCAUAUUCAUAACGUGGCUACUGCAUAUGAUGGGAUGAUGGCAGGAAAUGAGGAGGCAGGUCAUCAAGUGAUGCCAGUGGAGGGCGCUUGUGCCGCUGUGGAUGAAAAUGGUGAAUGCCGCAAUAGAGGAGGUGAAACCGAUGGCCUGUAGCCGAUGACAUAAAGUGUGCAAGGCAUCGAGGUAUAUGGUUUGAUGUACCGUAGGUACUACUGUUAUCCUGACAUCAGUUUACUUAGCUAAUAAUGAAUAAUGGUUUUGCUUCCUUUUCCCUGUUUGCAGUAUAUUACUAACACAGGGAUUAAAGAAAAGCUUGAUUCUAUG